AUGGAUAUACUUUCAGGGGACAUCUUGAUCUCCGUCCUCACCGAGCUACGAAACACCAGCGCUGGCAACAGAGACCUGUUCAGAUGUCUUUUGGUAUGCAAAGAAUGGAACCAAUUCGCCGCCCCCAUCCUUUACGGCAACGUCGCCCUUAGGAACCAGGUCGUUGGGAUGUUUACACAUUGUAUCCAACCGGGGCUCUACGGGGAACGUGUUCGCUCCAUCACUCUCAGAUUCGACCCAAACCCUACCACAGUCGACUUCAACAAGGAACUACGACUCAUAGCUUCCGUCCUGCCAAAGCUAACCAAAUUGUCAUCAUUAUCGCUACACGUGCGAAUCGGCUGGGCCAGCCACGAAAUUCUUACCCAUCUUUUGGAGGCCAUACCCCUGUCUUGUACGAGUCUCGAGCUCGAUACCGGCUACACUGGCUGGGGAGAUGGUCAGUCCGCACACAUGUGCGACUCCGUCCGAGCCGUGCUCCCACGCAUGCGCCACGCACGCAUCCGGACUGAAACGAUGUGCGCCGCCAUGCUCGGCACCGGCAUUCUUCCAGACGAAGUUGUUCCGGGGGGCGAAUGGAGACACCUCACAGACCCAUUCACGCCUAUUCACCUGCCCCACAUGUACUCGCUCCUUAUCGUAUGCGCACGCCAUUCGCUGAUCCGGCGCUGCGGGGCUCCACGCCUGCACGACGGUAAUCUGUGGACCAAGCCCUCCGGAUCAGCGUGGGCGUCCAUCACGGCCGCGCUGGAGAGGCUUGUCGAGACGCCGGGUGCGAUCCGGCAGGAUGGUGCGAGCAUCUGUGCCGUGGCUUGCACGGACUACGACCAGGAUGACAUGGCGACCUGGAAGGCCGUUGUGCGUGCAGAUGUGGUGGCCAAGACGUCGUGGGCGGUGCCGUACCGGAUGGUGUGGCACGGGGUCAUUCCGGGAUCGUGGCUGGUGCGCCUGCCCGGUGGGCGCGAGCUGAUGACCACCCUCGAGAACAUUGAGCAGCUGGCUGAGGGCGAGGAGUGGGUUAACGUUUCGGGUGGCGCGAGACUGCCGCGUGAGAUCGUGGAGACCGCAAGGGCGGGCAAGCCUUCUUUCGCGGCUGGAUGCGCACUUGAGCCUAUGUCGAUGUUGAAGACGGCGGCACAAUGGCGCCAAGACAACCCGAAUAAGAUAACCUACAUUUGGAGGAACGAGACGACCACUGGUGAGAAACUUCUCGAAGCGGAAAAGAGAACUGGCAGGGACAGCUAUUUCUCUUUGCGGCCAGUGAUCGAGAGGACACCCCAUGGCUGGAUUCGAGGCUACAGAAACGAGUCUCUUAAACGGGUGGGAGCCCUCGAGUUGUGCAGCUGA